CUCACGCCUGCUGCCCUCUCCAUUCUCCGGUCUCCUGCGGCCCUGCCUCCUUCCUCUCUCUCUCACGCUGCGCGGCCGUCUGUCGAAUCUCUCUCUCGCUCUCUCGUUGCAAGCGGCAAGCCGUUGUGUCUCUCUUUCGUCUCCCGUCGUGUCCGGUGGCUUAAAUUCACCGUCGUCUCCCUCGCUUUCUCGUUGCAAGCGGAAAGCCGUCGUAUCUCUCUCUCGUCUCCCGUCUUUUCAGGUAAGUAAUUGCCUUGCAGAAAAUCGUAGCAACUUGGUCUUUGUGGUAGAGUGCUAUCUACAUCAACAUUUUUCUAAUUGUCUGGCAUCAGAUGCUCUGCGCGUGUAUUUGUGUAAUGUCACUUCCAUUUCUAAGUGUACAAUAAUGGGCCGGAAAGCUGGUACACUUUAUAUUAACCCAAAGAAAUUUGGCGCUCUUCACAAACCUUGCAUGAAGGAAAUGAUUACAUUUCUCAACUGCUUGACUCAGAACCAAAGCAGUGCCGAAAAGUGUGUUCGGCAGAAGGAACUUUUGAGUGCCUGUAUGGAUACUCAGACAAGCAAGAAACGGAGGUCUAUGGGAAGUAUUAAUUACCACCUGCAGAGGCUUAACAGAGGAAGGAAGUAGUUUGUAUUUUUUGGAAGAACAUUUAACUAAUGUCUCAUUCUUCAGAAGUUGGGGAAGAAACUACUUUGUUUGUUGAACAAGAGAAUGUAUGAAUUCAUUUCCCAUUUGAAUUGACUGCAUUAGCAAUGAAAACGUUGAACAUAUUUGAGCACUACUGUUGUAAUUCA